UGCUCACACCUCGCCCGGCGCCGCUCGCCCUCUCUCGCUCUUCAAAGUCACCAUACCACACGUUGACAAGGCAUUGAGACAUCUCGGGGCGGUCUCUGUCGGUCAUCUGAGACGACCUAAUCCCGCCAGACCAGACCCAUAUACCACAGCCCACCAUGAUGCUCUCGCGGCACGGCCUGGGCGCCGCUGUCGUGGCUGCCCUCUCAAUGGGCCAUGCUGCUGCUCAGACGUGGACGUCCUGUAAUCCUCUCACAACCACUUGCCCUCCCAACACUGGGCUCGGUAUGACCGUCGAUGUCGACUUCACAAAAGGCAGCGUCAACUCGUUCGUUGCUUCCGGCGGCGGUUCGGUAACCUACGACCCCAAAAAUGGCGCCACCUUCACCGUCACAAGAGGUGGCGAUGCCCCACAGCUCGCCUCGGUCUUCUACAUCAUGUUUGGUCGCGUAGAGAUGACCUUCAAGGCAGCCCACGGCGCGGGCAUCGUCUCUUCGUUUGUGUUGCAGUCCGACUGUCUCGACGAGAUUGACUGGGAGUGGCUGGGCGCCGACCCCACGGAGGUGCAGUCCAACUACUUUGGCAAGGGCAUCACAACGUCGUACAACCGCGGUGCCUUCCACCAGACCCCAGAGAACCAGAACAGCUUCCACACCUACGUGGUGGACUGGAACGCGAACCGCAUCGUGUGGACCGUCGACGGCACCGUCGUGCGGCAACUGGGCUACAACGACGCCGAGGCGGGCCAGUACCCCCAGACGCCCAUGCAGGUCAAGUUCGGCGCCUGGUCCGGCGGCGACCCGAGCAACCCGCCGGGCACGAUCGAGUGGUCUCGCGGGCCGACAGACUACUCCAAGGGCCCGUUCAGCAUGAACGUCAAGCACAUCAAGGUCACCGACUACAGUACUGGCAGCAAGUAUACGUACGGCGACCACAGCGGGACGUGGCAGUCGAUCCAGGCCGACGGUGGCAAGGUCAACGGCAACUUGAACGGCGCCGGUGCCCUGACCACGACAGCAGUGGCGAGCUCUCCAACGACAGCCGGAAAGCCGAGCGUCCCCGUGGGCGGCGUCGGCGGCGACACUACGGCCGGCGCCAGCCAAUACAACCUGCCACCAGGCUGGUUCAUGACGUCGGAGGGCAAGAUCAUGCCCAUCGGCGCAGCGGGUAGCGUCGUGCCGCCGAUCGCAUUUGUCGGCGUGUUCACGCUGAUGGCUUCGGUCUUUGGCCUUGGGCGGUUCUGGAUGUAAAUGAUUGAUGCAGACGAGGACACGUUUAUGAUUUUGAUUUUUUCGACAGCACCACAAGCAUGGUUGGAUAAUAGUCUCAUGAGAGAUUGAGCAUGGCAUCCAGGCGUUCUUGAUUUUGGGUUUGGUCUAGCCUGGGGAUAUACCCGAGUUGGUUUUUGGGCGCAUCAGCAUUGCACACGCUCACGAGAGGGCCUUGCACAUGGAGGCUUCAGUGUAGAUAGAUAAAAGAUAUAUAGUAAUUCGCGCAGAGAGGAACUAAUGAAGGCGAAAUCGUGUACAAAGAUAA